GGCCGUCGUUUCCGGUCGCUGCUUGGUAACAAUGGGGAAGGUAAUGGCUGCCUGAGCAACGUCUGGGAGCAGACGCUGGGGUAGAGGCGGGUCUCAGCCAGCCAGUCACCGGAGGGAGCUUGGAAGCGGUGGCAGCGAGGCGCGGAAGAGCCUCAGCGGACACGGCCGGACUAACCGAGUCAGUCCUGACCUUAAAACUGAAGCAGAGUGUGAAGAAAACUAAAAUCCAGUUUAUUGUAUUUCAAUACUAUGUCAUAACAGUCAGAUAAUUUUCCACUUGUUCAUCAAGAUGGAAAACUCAGAUUCUAAUGAUAAAGGAAGUGGCGAUCACUCUGCAGCACAGCGCAGGAGUCAGAUGGACCGACUGGAUCGAGAAGAAGCUUUCUAUCAAUUCGUGAAUAACUUGAGUGAAGAAGACUAUAGACUUAUGAGAGAUAACAAUUUGCUAGGCACCCCAGGAGAAAGUACUGAGGAGGAGUUGCUGAGAAGACUACAACAAAUUAAAGAGGGUCCACCACCACAAAACUCAGAUGAGAAUAGAGCAGGUGGAGACUCUUCAGAUGAUGUGUCUAAUGGCGACUCCAUAAUAGACUGGCUUAAUUCUGUCAGACAAACUGGAAACACGACAAGAAGUGGGCAAAGAGGGAACCAGUCUUGGAGAGCCGUGAGCCGGACUAAUCCAAACAGUGGUGAUUUCAGAUUCAGUUUAGAGAUAAAUGUUAACCGUAAUAAUGGGAGCCAAAACCCAGAGAAUGAAAAUGAGCCAUCUUCAAGACGUUCUAGUGGAGAAAUUACGGAAAACAGCCAAAGGCAAGUGGAAAAUCCACGAUCUGAAUCGACAUCUGCAAGACCCUCUAGGUCAGAACGAAAUUCAACUGAAACAUUAACAACAGAAGUCCCACCUACUAGAGGUCAGAGGAGGGCAAGAAGUAGGAGCCCAGACCAUCGGAGAACCAGAGCCAGAGCUGAAAGAAGUAGGUCACCUCUGCAUCCAAUGAGUGAAAUUCCUCGAAGAUCUCAUCAUAAUAUCUCAUCUCAAACUUUUGAGCACCCUUUAGUAAAUGAGACCGAGGGAAGUUCUAGAACCCGGCACCAUGUGACACUGAGACAACAAAUAACUGGGCCUGAGCUGUUAAGUAGAGGUCUUUUUGCAGCUUCUGGAACCAGAAAUGCCUCUCAAGGAGCAGGUUCUUCAGACACAGCCAGCAGUGGUGAAUCUACAGGAUCAGGACAGAGACCUCCAACCAUAGUCCUUGAUCUUCAGGUCAGAAGAGUUCGUCCUGGAGAGUAUCGGCAGAGAGAUAGCAUAGCUAGCAGAACUCGGUCGAGGUCUCAGACACCAAAUAACACUGUUACUUACGAAAGUGAACGAGGAGGUUUUAGGCGUACAUUUUCACGUUCUGAGCGGGCAGGUGUGAGAACCUAUGUCAGUACCAUCAGGAUUCCUAUUCGUAGAAUCUUAAAUACCGGUUUAAGUGAGACUACAUCUGUUGCAAUUCAGACCAUGUUAAGGCAGAUAAUGACAGGUUUUGGUGAGUUAAGUUACUUUAUGUACAGUGAUAGUGAUUCAGAACCUAGUGGCUCGGUCCCAAGUGGAAAUAUGGAAAGGGUAGAGUCACGGAAUGGAAGAGGGAGUUCUGGUGGUGGUAGCAGUUCUGGUUCCAGUUUGAGUUCCAGUUCAAGUUCCAGUCCUAGUUCCAGCUCCAGUGGUGAAACUUCAGAAAUUAGCUCGGAGUUGUUUGAAGGCAGUAAUGAAGGAAGCUCAUUAGGGGCCAGGCGAGAGGGUCGACACAGGGCCCCAGUCACAUUUGAUGAAAGUGGGUCUUUACCAUUUCUUAGUCUGGCUCAGUUUUUCCUCUUAAAUGAGGAUGAUGAUGACCAACCCAGAGGACUCACCAAAGAACAGAUUGACAACUUGGCAAUGAGAAGUUUUGGUGAAAACGAUGCAUUAAAAACCUGUAGUGUUUGCAUUACAGAAUAUACAGAAGGCAACAAACUCCGUAAACUACCUUGCUCCCAUGAGUACCAUGUCCACUGCAUCGAUCGCUGGUUAUCUGAGAAUUCUACCUGUCCCAUUUGUCGCAGAGCAGUCUUAGCUUCUGGUAACAGAGAAAGUGUUGUGUAAUUAACAUGUGAACUCUCAGCUAUGUAGCUGUGUAGUGAUGGGCAAACAGGAAUCGCUUGCUUUAUGUCCACUUUUUGAGUGGUGCUUAAAUGUAAUAACAUGAGUUGAGUUAUUUCUUUCUGAAUGAGUUAUGUCCUUUCUCCAAUUUCUGUUUCAGAGUAAAAGGAAAUAUUUUAAAAGAAACAUUUAGGACCUAAAAAUUAAUUUCAAUACCAGUUGAAUUGGUAGCAUCUCUGUUACCUAUAAUUGAUUAUGUAUACUUGUCAGUUUCUCUUUUGUUAUCUUAAAAGAUCUGCCUUAGCAAUGGCUCCUGUCUGUUUCAUGUUGAUCUUUAUGAAAUUUCCCAUGCCAUAGGAGAAUGGGGUUAUGGAAAUUCCCAGUUAAGACUAAGUUGUAAUGUGUGUUUCAUAAGUGAUUACUUAAAGUUAUGCCAUUCCCACUUAUUAGUUAACCCAGAUUCAGCCACAUUCUCAAUGUUUAUUCACCUCUCAGACUCGAUGAUACUGGACAUGUCAGUGUAAAUAACACUAAAGAUAGACUCUUCUAAGUGUAUAACUGUCUCCUAAGCCCAUUACUGUGGCAUACUAUAGAAUGAGCUUAUAGUUUGAGAUAUUUAUCUUGUGGAAAUAUUAAAAAGCCUAUGCUUGUGUAAGUGAAAAAAAUCACAUUCAUUUGUUUAAAGAUGUAAAGCUAUUUUGUAGAGGCUCAGUACUUUUCCAAUGCACUGUUGUAUUAAUGCAUUAAAAAUUGUAAAGUACCAUGCUUAGAAAUGAGAAAACUGCUUUUUGUGAGACAACAUAGUAAAAACCACACCAAACAAAGUACAGAAUGUGUAGAUAACAAGAGCAGAACAUAUCUAUAAUUUUGUAUGUGAACAGCUACUGUGACAUGAAAAGGACCGUGCAGAAUCACACCGAGUGAAAGACCAAUGGAAAUUGUGUAUUUUAACUUGGAUUUAUGCAGGUAGUGAAAGAUGUGAGUACAGAGAUCUACGCGGAAGAAUUUUUCGUGGAGACAGUAAUGAAGACAUUAAUUGGUUUCACGUGGUGAGAGCAGCAGUAGCUUGACUUGAUAUUCUACUUGAAUAGAGCAAGCAGAUAAGCAAAUUUGGCAGAGCUGUCUUUCAUUUAAGGAAAAUAAACCAUUGCCACGUAGCACAAAUUAAAUUGAUGUUUUUACAAGUGUGCUCCUCAAAUUAAAAAAAAAACAUGGAGGAAAGAGACUGUAAACCACUUUUAAUGGAAGAAUUGCAGUUGGUACAGAUGUGUGCUAAUAAAGUCUCAAAUGUGCCUGUUUUCAAGAUUCGUCAUGUAACGUACUAGUGCACACUUGUUAAUAUUUCAUUCCUUUCUGUAGUACAUAUUAGCAUGUCACGUUUAAAAACCUAUUAAGAAUUAAGGGCUUUUUAUCCUCCUUUGAAAGUUUAUUACGUUGAGUUAUUUGAAAUUCACAUUUUAAUUGUGCUGCCCAUAUUUGAACAUGAGACUGCUGACUGUAUUUAUGGACAUGCACUUUAUGUUUAGUAGUAAGAAUAGGUUUGUGAUAUCCCCAGUAACUCUUGACCAAUUUCUCUUUUGAGACAAUUGGGGUCAGGGUUAGUCUGGCUGUAGAGCAGAUAUUUGUUUUUCUGGGGAAGGCUAAUAGGCCAGAAGAGGAAUUGAACACAUCCGUGGCCUUAACAACAACCACAAAAAAUGAGCUAAUUACCCAGAUAUAGUUAAAUACUCUACAAGAUAAACACGUCUGCUUUCAAAAUUACCUGGCUACUUGCACUGUUAUCACCUUGGCUGUGAGGUUUAUUUCACAGCUCAUUCUGUCAUGUUUUCUUCUGGCUUUCAGUCCUACUAAGUAUCAAGGACAUUGUAAUUAUGGUAGUUGUUUACUAAGGAUAUGUACUGCUCUUGCAAGGAAAUAAUAUCCAAACAAAGCUUCACUUUUUUUUUUUAAUGUAAGCAGAUCUCACUGUGGCGCUUAUGUAAUAACUUUUAUUUUUAAAAAAAAAUUGUCCAUGUAAAA